AUGGGAAAAGGUGAAAAGGGUUGCCACGGACAAGAAAGUAUUGAUGGGAGCGUUAUUUUGCAUAGUGAGAGUACUUUAGCGUUUUUAAACAAUUAUCGAAAAAGACAUGGCGUCCCCGCGUUGGGAUAUGAUGUCGUGUUAGGUCAGAACGCGGCGAAAUGGGCGAAGCGUGUGCACGACAAGGUGAUCCUGUUGGGACGCGUGGUGGCCCUUUACAGCCACCCCCACAUCGAGGGGGAAAAUGUAUUUGUUUCCUCGGGGGGAGGAGGAGGGGAAUCGGGGGGAGGAGGAGGGGAAUCGGGGGGAAUUGACGGGAAAGCGGCAGUCCAGCGGUGGUACAAGGAAAUCGAAAAGUAUGACUUUGACGCCAAUAUGUUUUCCUUGAAAACUGCACAGUUUACACAGUUAGUUUGGAAACGUACUCGAAGAUUAGGAAUCGGUGGGAUUUACGACCCCGGCAGGAAUUUUACAGUAAUCGUGGCAAGAUUCAAGCCCCCCGGAAACAUCGGGUUUGGCUCCUCCUUCAGAGAAAAUAUCUUCCCACCGGCCAAAGAUCCUCCCCCAAUAAUGAAUCAAGUCGAAUCAUUUCCGGGGUCAAUUAACGGUCACAAUUUCGGGACAAAUUUAUCUCAUCAGAACAAAUCUGAAGGAACCCCCACGCGCGCAAAAGCGCCUGCGCUUCCGCACUUGACAAGUAAUAAUAAGGACGCCCACAAUUUUGGCACGAUUUCGCAUUCCACGAGUGCUAAUAAGGUCACAACGACGGAGAAAUCUGUGGGGAUACAGGCGCCACAAAAUCCGGCCACGACGGCACCCUCACCUCCGACUAUGAAGCUGAUAAUCACGGAAAAAAUUGGACCAAGUUUGAAGAUUUUGACGAAAAAUGUGCAUCAUGUGACGCCAAAAAGUAUAAUUCCAGUGACGACGACGACGACGAAGCCCGUGACGAAAAAAAGUGUCACAACUUCGCUACCUCAUAAUUAUAAUAACGCAACCGGCCCGGUACGAAUGACACGAAUUGGGGAAAAUUUGCAAGGUUUAACGAAAGAUUACUUUCCGGGUGGUAACGCUCCUGUAAAAGGCGUGCAUGAAGUUGGGUCUCUCGAAGAUAACCUGCUUUAUCGGAGCAACGGAUCCGAUACGCGUUUAGCUAAUUGGACUAAAAAUCAUGACCCAAUUGCGAAAAAGAGAGCCUCUAGUGCGGUGCAAAAACUUGAUGAGAAGAGUAACGUAUCAGAUAAGACAAAAGUGCGGAGUGCUGAAACAUUUUUGAAUCAGCCCCACGAUGAGUUUGCCCCCAAUAAAAGCAAGCACGAGGAGAAAGCACAUGGGAGAAGUUUUACGAAUGAAGUCGUAUUGUCUAAAAUGAACGGAACUAAUAUGAAAAACUAUGCAGAGGCUGGAAUUAGCGAGAAGAAUCAUGAAAUUCAUAUCACACCAAGAGCAAGAGUGAAAGAUGUCAAUGAUGGGAAAUCCCACCAACAAGUCCUCCACCGCCCAGAUGUCAGCCCUCCGUACGCCGUCUGGGUGCCAGAGCUGUCACGUUGGACGCCAGACCUACGACGAUGACGCCAUAAAAACCGAAUCAUUAAAAUAGACACAAUUCGCUCUGCAGAAUCUCCUUGCUCAGUUUGGCAUUAAUUAAGAUUUUACGACCCAAAACAAAAACCCAGACAAGUAUGCAUGCAUUGUUGAAUAAGUGUGUAAAUAAAAAUUGAUAUUUUACU